ACAGGCAACACUGCCUUUGGAUUACACUAGUGUAAAAGUGUAAAAAGAAAAUUUAUACGAAGCAAAAUUUUGCAUUUCUAUAAUUUUACAGCCAAAUUUAAUUAAAUUUGGUUAAUUAUUACUAAAUAAAAAUGGCAUUCAGAACAACAGCUGUUGUACGCAGCGGUUUGAAAAAGUGGGCAUAUAACUUAUCAGGAUUUAACAAGUACGGUCUACUCCGUGAUGACUGCCUAUAUGAAACUGAAGACGUAAAGGAAGCUUUGCGCCGUCUCCCUGACCAUGUAGUCGACGAACGCAAUUUCCGCAUCAUUCGUGCUGUCCAAUUGUCUAUACAGAAGACCAUUUUGCCUAAAGAAGAGUGGACUAAAUAUGAGGAAGACAAACUUUACCUAACCCCAGUGGUAGAGCAGGUCAAAAAAGAGCGACUGGAACGCGAGAAAUGGGAAAAAGAUUACUGAAUUCAGGAUCUAGUUAUUGUUUAAAUUUAAUUUAAUUGUUAAUAAAUUUAGCUAACUGUA